AUGCUUUUCUACCCACCCCCACCUUACAUGCACAGACAAACGUCGCAGCUGCCAACGCAACCGCUGGGGCCCCUGUUAAAACCCAGACAACGCCCAUGUCCCCGCCCACUGAAACUCUUCGCCCCAAAGUACCCCCCCCUCAUGAGGGAAACCCCCAAAGCACAGCAACCCCCUCCCGCCACAGAAAAAGAUACCACUCAAAAAAACGAAAAACCUGCCCACACACCCCCUGCGGUCGUUUCCCGAGAGCGCCCGCCCCGAGCGGGAGCCCCUGUCGCGACUAUAGCAUUCUGUGCCCCCGCACGCCCCGCACACCCCUGUAGUUUCCACGCCGAGGGGGCGGGAAAACAAAACUUGCCCGUCGGAAAUGAAAACCAAACCCCCGCAGGACCAAGGCGAGUCCCAAGCGAAAGUAAGAGGGGGUCAAGGGGACAUCGACGCCUGCCGGCGGUACAAAGCCACAACGACGACGCGAGGGGACGCCUCAAAGAAGCCAUCCGGCCUCUCCGCCCCCCCGCCCACCCGGGCAAACUCUCCCCCCCACCACCUCCCGGGCCCUCCCCCCCACGCCCCUUUGCCCUCAGUGUCCCCGGGGGGGGAAGGGUCCUCGACGUCCCCCGCACCAUUUUCCCCGUCUUUUUGUGGUGGUCGCCGUUGUGGGGCUCCGCCGGGGGUGGGGCGUGUACUGUGGGGAGUCCGCCGGAGGGGAAGCUCCGGGGGCCGGGGAUCCCGGUUCCGGGCGGGACGAAUGCGAUGGCGGAACAUCUUCAGCCGGGGGGGCACUCGGCCGCCACGGAGCACGGGGGCCCCGAGGGUGGCGAGGGGGGCCCGGCGCUCACCAGGACUUCGCAUCGAUUUUGGUUUAAGUAA